GAACUCUUUAGGGUAGAAAAUGUCAACAAUAUAAAGUGAAAGCAUGGCGAUUUGCAGACAGUUUUAACCAUGACUCACUUCAUUUCGUCCAUUCGUAAAGGCUGUGUGUGUUGAGUGAUUAUGGCUGGUGUUGAUUACUGUACCAUCCUUCCCUCUUGGGAGUUUGACAAGAACCCAGCAUGUGUUGUCUCCUACCAGUUUGACAGUAUUGAUGGAUCAUUGGAGGCCAAUGGGACAGAUUAUAUUCCCCCUAACGACUUUAUGGACAACUGUCUGACCUUAGAAUGUUCCAGUAAUGACCAACUGAGUAGUGACUCGCGUGAACCCUGCACGCUGUCCAUCACGAGUAAGCCACAGUACCGGGUCAGCAUCCUCGGUAUAGAUAUCAUUAGUCAGUCAAGAUCCUUGGAGGUUUAUGAUGCCUGUGAAGGUUACAUGACAACAUCCCGGGGCAAGCGUGUUCCUUGUCUAGACGCGGAGGGAGGAGAAAACCAAAGUGAUGUGUUUGCUUGUCGUGUCAGACUCCGGGAAACCUUAUUUGGAUUUACAGUCAAGUUCCCCAGCACCAGUAACAUGAUGAGAUUCAAUAUCUACAACAUUGUACUGAUCCUCAAUCCAGAGGCAGAAGACAUGGAUAAUGUAGAGGCCACAUCAACCUUCAACAUGGAUAAAGUUAAGAGUUUUGUGGACACAGACACAAUGUCUCCAGGUGCACAACAACUCAUGCGGUCAGUGGAACAAUUUCAGCAGAACAAAAAGAGUGCUGUGUCAGGACUUCAGGGAAUGUUUAGUCAAUCUACGUCUGGGUCUUCUGGCUCAUCACGACCCGGAAUGAUGGAGCUUAUGGGGCUGAUGUCAAUGUUCUCCAACAUGUCAACCCCUAGUCAAUCUGGGUCACGUGGUACCUCAGCAGAUACCACUCAACUUAGCCAGUUAGGAUCGCGUGGUACAGAUACCACGCAACGUAGCCAGUUUGGGUCAAGGGGUACCCCUAAAGAUGCCACACAACUUAGACAGUUGGGAUCGCGUGGUACAGAUACCACUCAACGUAGCCAGUUGGGAUCGCGUGGUACAGAUACCACUCAACCUAGCCAGUUGGGAUCGCGUGGUACAGAUACCACACAACGUAGCCAGUUUGGGUCAAGGGGUACCCCUAAAGAUGCCACACAACUUAGACAGUUUGGGCCACAGGGUACUGCAACAGACACCACACGACCUACUCAGCCAGACUCUAGCAGUAUUCCUUUUGCAACUAACCAAUCAGAUUCAAGGCACAAUACACAAGGUUUAAAUAACCCAGAUUCAAACCAGCAACAAAUGAGAAACGCAGUGACCAAUCAAAUGAGAGAAACAGAUACAACAGUCCUGCAGGCCAACCCACCUGAGACAAGUACAUCAUCAUUAAACUUAUCAGGGUUAAGGAAUUUGGUAUCUGGUUCAGGCCAUCCGAACUCUGGCGGUGGUUCAGAGGAUGGGGAAAUGUACCAGAUGCUACAAAACAUAUGUGGCGGAGUGUCUCAGAUGAGAAAUGUGCAUAAAGAUGGGAACGAUAGAGCAACAGGAACAGGACAUGAGCAAGGACAAUUGGAUAACCAGCAAAGGUUUGAAGGAGACACUGGUGAGGAAGAAGGUCAAAGGUCACAGAGCGAAGCUUCAGGAGGCCAGAAAUAUUCCCAUGAUACAUUGAGGACAGUUGUGAAAAGUUGUAUGGAAGAGUUUGAACUCCGACUUCAGAACCAUAUUGAUACUAGAUUAUCUCAAAUAGAGCGGAAACUGGAUGUUAAACUAGACAGGAUAAUGGAUGUGUUACAGUCAUUGACAAGAAGUAGUUUGCCUUCACAAAUACCUACAGACACUCACACCUCAACACUGACACAUGUAAACUCCAAGGAAGUUACACAUAUACCUACGGAGGGUGCCACAUACCUAGACACAGACGAUCACACCUCAACACUGACACAUGUAAACUCCAAGGAAGUUACACAUAUACCUACGGAGGGUGCCACAUACCUAGACACAGACGAUCACACCAAAUUGUUGACACAUGGCCCAACAGGUGAUGAACUCACAGUAAACAACAACACACCUUCUGUUAACGGGAGAGAACAAUAUGUAGAGAUAAACACAGACAUUCCUGAGGAAGAAAACAGAUACCAACCUAUCAAUUCACCAAUAAUGGACGAUGAAAGUGGAGAAAACUCCUGAUAGUGUGUAAAAUGAAAUAACUAACAAGAGAAAAUUUCAGAUACUGUAACAGAACAGCAGUCAAGAGAAAACUCCGGAUAGUGUGUAAAAUAAAACAAGAGAUCAAAGAAAAUUUCAGAUACUGUAACAGAACAGCAGUCAAGAGAAAACUCCGGAUAGUGUGUAAAAUAAAGCAACAGACCAAAGAAAAUUUCAGAUAUUGUAACAGAACAGCAGUCAAGAGAAAACUCUGGAUAGUGUGUAAAAUAAAGCAACAGACCAAAGAAAAUUUCAGAUACUGUAACAGAACAGCAGUCAAGAGAAAACUCCGGAUAGUGUGUAAAAUAAAACAAGAGACCAAGGAAAAUUUCUGAUAUUGUAACAGAUCUACAAACAAGGCAAUAUUCCUAAUAUUGUUACAAGUUACCGAGAAUAUUCCUGAUAAUUUAACAGUCAUGAGGAAAUUCAUGAUAAUGUAACAAAAUAGCAGGAAAAUUCCUGAUAUGGUAAAAUAAGAGACAAGAGAAAAGUUCUGAUAUUGUAAAAUGAAGAUAAUGGACCAGAAAAAAAUCCUGAUGCAACAAAACUACAGAUCAAAAGUAAAUUCCUGAUGUGUGAUGACA